AUGUGGUCCGUCAAGCUGUCCGGUGCCUUCAAGCCCUACGACCCCGCGGUGAGCAGCGCAAUCGAAGCAGAAUGGCAGGCCUCAGCGCCGACGGCUCAAGGCAACGCGACACGGCAUGGCCGAGCGUCCUUCAACAUCCGUGGCGAUCGCUACGAGAUUGACUUCACUCGGAUGGAGCAGCACAAGGUUGGUGAGCCGGUCCGGCGCCGCGCGGUGCAGCGCUCAACGCUCACUCCGGCCAACGUGCCCUCGCCUGACCCGCUUUCCGAAGCCAGCUCCUCCGCCGCGGCCACCAGCUCCCCCGCCGAGGCUACCUGCUCGCCCACCGAGGCCACGCGCUCGCCCGCCGAGGCCACCCGCUCGGUCGUCGAGGAGAUUGCCGGCAGCGGCUUUGGGCUCGGCCUGAUCUGCGGCCCGACGGGAUCGGGCAAGACGCGGCUGCUCGACGCGCUGGUGGAGCGCGGGGUGGUCGGAGCGGCGGAGAGGAAGGAGCUUUGGCCAAAGUACCAGCCGAUCGUCUCGUACCUCGCGGAGCGGCGGGGCGGUGUGCCGGCGGCUAUGGACCGACUCAACACAAUCGGAAUCAACAGCGUGCCGACUUGGAUGCUCAACUUUGGUGCUCUCUCCAACGGUCAGCAAGCACGCUGCUCGCUCGCGCUAGCCCUCGACCACCGCAAGCAGUUUGACGACUUUGGCGGGUUCGUCGAGCCGCACACGCGCCGCCUGCUCGCCGCGGGCAUGGCACGCAUCGUCUCCAAGUCGCAGCUGACCAACGUCGUGCUCGCCAGCGUCGACGUGGAGCUGGCGGCGUGGAUGCAGCCCGACUGGCUCGUGGUGCUCGACGAGCAGGGCAUGCCGCGACUGACGCGCAACGUGCCGCCGGCGACGGCCGAGCGGCGGCCCGCCGCCAGCAUCAGCAUCCGGUACCGCGACGACGACUAUGACCGCGCCGGCGCGGCCCCAGCGGUCGAUCCCGAUCUCUCGCUGGCGCAGCGCCACGGAGCCUCGGCCGCCGCGUCCUUCUCGCUCGCGUGCAGCGUCACGGGCCUGGAGACGAGCGCCGUCGACCAGCGGCGGUGGUUCCCCCGGCGCUACGUCGUGCCUCCCCAGCUGACGGACGAGCACGCACUCUGGACGGUGGCGGUGGUGCUCGGCGCGUCUGGCUCGGGCAAGUCGCUCGCACUCAAGGCUGUCAAGGGCAGCGAGAAGAGGCCGGGCAGGACCCACUGGCCAGCGCGCGAGUCGGUCGCCUCGGAGAUUGCGCGCCUGCUCGGCGAGGGCGAGGGGGAUUGCGCGCACGCCGUGGCGGAGGCGCGGCAGGUCGCCGCGGGCGGGUGCGUCGUCAUCGACGAGUUUACCUCGGUGCUCGACCGGCGGCUCGCCGCGCGCGCGUGUGCCGGGCUGAGGAAGCUCAUGCACGGCUUUGGGGUCGGCCGGCUCAAACUUGUCGUCGCGACGGUGCACCAGGACAUCGUUCCGUUUCUGCGGCCGGAGCUGCUCGUCCUCACCUCGCACAAGCUGGUGCACGAGCUCUCGUGGACCAGCGCUGCACCGCCGCCGGCGCCACCCGGCUGGGGGAUCGGCGGCGCCUGCCCCUUCUCUCGGCCUCAGCUCCACUUUGAGCUGCGCACCGCGCCCGAUCACCCCAAGGCGUCCGCGGGCGGAUACGUCACGACGCUCUGGGAGGCGGUCUUUGCAGAGCACCACUACAAGGACUCGCAGCUCCAGAGUGGCGCCACCGUCGACGUGCUCCGGCUGGCGGGCAGCGGGUCGCUCGUCGGCAUGGUUGCUACCAUCAACCACUUUGGCUCGCUCGACAAGAGGGACACGGCGGCGCACGAGAAGAGCAAAACGAGGCGCGAGCACCGAGUCGUCGUGCUGCCGUCCUGGCAGGGACUCGGCAUCGGCCCCGCUCUGAGCGACCUCUCCGGCUCCCUCUGGACCGCCACGCCGCACGGCGACGCCGCCAAGACGGACCGACCGAACUGGCGGUACCUCUCGACCACGGCGCACCCUCGCUUCGGCACAUACCGCAACGGCAACGCCGCCUGGAGCCCAACCUCGACCAGCGGCGCGGGAGGCAAGUGGUCGCACGAGUAUGUCGGCGCCGCGCACGUGGGGCCCCAGCGCCGCGUCCCGCUGGCGGGGAGCGACAACGGCAAGCGGGCCCGCCGCGACCCGAGCCAGACGACGUUGCGGUCCGCGCCGGGCCUCCGCGCCGCCGCCGUAUCUCCCAAGACGCCGGCUCCUGCUCCGCUGCCUCCCAAGGCUCCUGGGCCAGGGGGCUCCGCCGAGUUCGCCAUCUCCCUGGACUAA